AUGCACUGUCAAACCAAGUAUUUGAAAUGUUUUUGGAUAAUCACUACAAUCAUUCUCAUCGCAUGUAUCUCAAGUAUUGGAGUCAUUUUCGAAGAUAUUACUAAGUUCGAAAUCUCAUUCCAUGAACAAUCACGAGAGUUAGAGAGUCUUGUUAAUCAUGUUUGGAAGAUUCUCAUGGAAACGAACUACAGAACGAAACGAUCCACCUCACGACAUCAUCGAUCCUAUAAAAAGAAGAAAACAAGACACAUAAACUCGUAUGAUGUUGUGCCUAAACAAAAACCACAAUGUGGACAGCCUGGUCCCCCAGGACCAUCUGGUAUUCCAGGCCCUGAUGGUUAUCCAGGAUUGGAUGGAAUACCUGGUGCUGACGGUGUAACAGGCAUGCUUGAGCCCGAAAACAAUGAUCCUUAUGCAGAGCCAACCAGUAAUUGUGUUGUUUGUCCGGUUGGCCCUCCAGGUCCACCAGGUGUUGAUGGUCUAGUUGGUCUACCUGGACUAAAUGGAGAUCCAGGGUUUGCAGAAAUAGGCUAUGAUGCUGAAGUCGUGGCGUUCGGCCCUCCAGGUCCACCUGGGGAUCCGGGGCCAGCAGGUUUAGAUGGACCAACCGGUCCGACAGGUGAACCUGGAUAUAGUACUAUGCGCUCUUCUAAUCUACCAGGCCCUCCCGGAGAUCCUGGACCACCAGGAAACCCAGGUCCUCCCGGAUCAGAAGGACUCUCUAAUGGAGGACCAGCUGGCCCACCAGGUAGUGCAGGGCAGGAUGGCCAAGUUGGCUCACCAGGUCAGGACGGAGCUGCGGGUCAGGCUGGGCCAAUAGGUAAUCCGGGCGAAGAUGGAGGAUAUUGUCGUUGUCCGAUAAAAAACCAGAUAAUCGAAGGGUAUAUGUCCUACUCCAUGCCAGUGGGCGUCAACAAACCAUUUAAGGCUAGUUAUGGGAUUGGAAAACCUAAACAUAAUGCAGCAGGUUACUAUGUCGUUCGUGGGGUUAAAGAUGUUCCGAGACCUCUAAAUGCUGUUAAACCAGCUAAGUUAAGGAGCGGAACAAUUCAUUCUUCAAAAAAGAAAAAAGCGGUUUUCGAGAAUGGUCCACAUAACUGA